CGCCGUUCCCCGCUGCGCCUCCACGUGACCGGCGGGCCCUUAUCCACCAGCCCUACAUCGCAUCCGCUUUGGGCAUUCCGUUGUUUUCCCCUCCGCGUCUCUUCUCUUCCUCCUCUUCCAUCUCGACAUCGCCCCCUCUGCAUCUCCCCUCUCCCCCGGCGUGACCAUGUCUCGCCCCUCUUCGAUCGCGCAGCGUCCCCUGACGCUCACCGAGGAAUUGGAAAAACUCGAACAAUCCAUUACGCUCACGUUGCAGGAGAUUGAUCACAAUUUCAGCCAAGCCCACCGCAUCGUCACCAGUAGUAUCCUCCCUCUGGUGGAACAAUAUGCAGACCACUCGAAAGAUGUCUGGCAAGGCGCAAAGUUCUGGAAACAAUUCUUCGAAGCAAGCGCCAAUGUCUCGCUCUCCGGCUACGAGGAGAAGCCCGAUGAGUCCACGAUGCAAGAACAAACAAUGACAGAGGAGGACGUGACGAAGAGCGAACUCGAUGAAAGCGUGUCCUACGAAACCCCGUCCUCCGAGCGCCACCGAGCCGACGAUCUCGAACUUACCGAUCUCAACCUAUCAUCUCACAGCACGCCCCGCGCCCAGCUUGACAGACACGCCCAACCCGAAAAUGACACCACCGUGACUUCGUCCAUCGCCCACCCCUCCCCUUACCAUGAGCCCGAGCCGCAUUUCGAGGGCGAAGAUUCCAUGCUCCCAUCGACGCCGGGCAAGACGCCAUCCCGACCGCAGGAUCAUACCUACAACUCAAACCACACGUUCGACGACCCCAUGUCUUCCUCCCCCUUUAUCGAGCGCGGAGCCUACGCGGACGACGAUCCGAUGAGCCACCAAAAAGACCACGACCCGGUGAUGCACCGUCUUCAGGAUCGAACGUACCGCGUUCAAGCUACACCCCUUGGAAAGGGCUAUGGCGGUGGAGGCAGUCGCCCCAAAUUCACCGUCACUCCGAAACCGUCGACAUCCAAGUCCAAGUACGGCUUCGAUGAUUCCCCGCUCUCGAGUCCCGAGCCGGAAGCUCCUCAACUCCACGCCGAGAUCUUCUCCUCGCCGCUCAAGGCCAGGACACCCGGUACGGGCCGGAAGAGGCGCCCAAGCAGUAAUCACAUGCGUAUUACUCCGCAACCCGGAUUGAGCGUUUUGACGCCUGCCAAAGGUGGAGGAAGAUAUCAAUCUGGCUUUGACAGCGAUGACGAUUUUGGUGACGAUGACGAUAUGGAUCUUGGACCUAGUCCUCCCAAGACGAUGCAGUUCCAUAUCCCGCAGAGUCGACUGAUGAGAACGCCUGCCAAAGAAGCAUCCAAGCGCAUCGUCGAGGACCUCCUCUUCACUGCCGGUGCAAACGACACCACCGACGACGUGCCCGAAGAACAGAGUCCCAGCGUCAUCCGACGAGUGGAGCGAUUAGAGGACGAAACCUUCUAGGUGGUUUGUACAUGUGUAAUGCUAUGUAGUUAUUAUGGACCUUAUCUAUUCCACAAUAUAUCCUUUUCCUUUUCAG